AUGCAUUUCGCCAGGAUAGUGAGGAGAAUCAAGAAGGAACGAAGCCAACUGAGGAUUCUUGUUCUCGGAUUUGAUAAUGCAGGCAAAACAAGUGUUCUACAUCGUCUUUUUGGAAAGCCCGUGAUGGAUGCCAUGCCGACGUUUGGAUAUCAGAUACACAGUGGAGUGCACAGAGGAUAUGAACUGGUUGUUCUUGAUGUAGGAGGGCAGUCUGUGUUCCAGGAGCAUUGGUCGAGCUACUAUGAGGAUGUCGAUGGAGUUGUGUUUGUUUUUGAUUCGACUGACGGCCGGUCGUUUACUGAACAUGUAGGCCGGAUAAAGUCUGCAGUUGUGGGCAAGCCUAUGCUGUUGCUGGCAAACAAAUGCGAUAUAGGCACAGCAUUCAGUCAGGAUAUGCUUGGAAAUGAUUUCCAGCAGUUUUUAUCGAGAAAAGACGUGAGACUUAUGAAGUGCAGCGCCAGAAGUGGAGAGGGCGUGAAUGAGGGAUUUGACUGGCUUUUGGCUGAGUCAAUGAAGAGACUAUUGAACGAGGUAGCAGUCAAGGCAUGUGCGGCAGUAGAAGGCUCGAUGGUCGGCCAAUAG